AACAAGAUAAGCACUUUCUUCGCAAGGCGGUCGAGACACGCCUUUAUAAUCUUCUCCUCCCUCGCCCUUUCUCAUCCAUCAUACGAUUUCUCUAUUCUAUCCAAAUUUCUUCCUCCUCAAAACCUUCUCUCAAGAUGCAGAUCUUUGUGAAAACCCUAACCGGCAAGACCAUCACUCUCGAGGUCGAGAGUUCCGACACCAUCGAUAACGUUAAGGCUAAGAUCCAGGACAAGGAAGGAAUUCCCCCAGACCAGCAAAGGCUGAUCUUCGCCGGGAAGCAGCUCGAGGACGGCCGCACCCUCGCCGAUUACAAUAUCCAGAAGGAGUCAACCCUCCAUCUGGUGCUCCGUCUCAGGGGUGGGAUGCAGAUCUUCGUGAAAACCCUAACCGGCAAGACCAUAACUCUCGAGGUCGAGAGUUCCGACACCAUCGACAACGUCAAGGCCAAGAUCCAGGACAAGGAGGGAAUUCCACCAGACCAGCAAAGGCUGAUCUUCGCCGGAAAGCAGCUUGAGGACGGCCGUACCCUGGCCGAUUACAACAUCCAGAAGGAGUCAACUCUCCACUUGGUGCUCCGUCUCAGGGGUGGGAUGCAGAUCUUCGUGAAAACCCUCACGGGUAAGACAAUCACCCUGGAAGUUGAGAGCUCCGACACCAUUGACAACGUCAAGGCCAAGAUCCAGGACAAGGAGGGUAUCCCACCAGACCAGCAGAGGCUGAUCUUCGCCGGAAAACAGCUCGAGGAUGGCCGAACCCUCGCCGAUUACAACAUCCAGAAGGAAUCCACCCUCCACUUGGUUCUCCGUUUGAGGGGUGGCAUGCAGAUCUUUGUCAAGACCCUUACCGGCAAGACAAUCACUCUCGAGGUGGAAAGCUCCGACACCAUUGACAACGUCAAGGCAAAAAUCCAGGACAAAGAAGGAAUCCCCCCAGAUCAGCAGAGGCUUAUCUUCGCUGGAAAGCAGCUCGAAGAUGGCCGAACCCUGGCCGAUUACAACAUUCAGAAGGAGUCUACCCUUCAUUUGGUGCUGAGGCUGAGGGGUGGGAUGCAGAUCUUUGUCAAGACCCUCACCGGCAAGACAAUCACCCUUGAGGUGGAAAGCUCCGACACUAUUGACAAUGUCAAGGCAAAAAUCCAGGACAAAGAAGGAAUCCCCCCAGAUCAGCAGAGGCUUAUCUUUGCUGGAAAGCAGCUCGAGGAUGGCCGCACCCUGGCCGAUUACAACAUCCAGAAGGAGUCUACCCUUCAUUUGGUGCUCCGUUUGAGGGGUGGGAUGCAGAUUUUUGUGAAGACCCUGACUGGAAAGACCAUUACUUUGGAGGUGGAAAGCUCUGAUACUAUUGACAAUGUGAAGGCCAAGAUUCAAGACAAGGAGGGUAUCCCACCAGACCAGCAGAGGUUGAUCUUUGCUGGAAAGCAGUUGGAAGAUGGAAGGACUCUGGCUGAUUAUAACAUCCAGAAAGAGUCCACCCUGCACCUUGUUCUCCGUCUCCGUGGUGGUUUCUAAAGAGCCUCACUGUCCUGUUUGAAUUGCUUGGUUUGUGUGUUAAGUGCCAAAGCUAUAGUAACUUGGCACUGCUGGUGAAUUGUGUUUGUUUUGCUUUUGGUUGAUGAACCCAUGAAGGUUAUGUUUCCUUGAAUAAUAAUAAUAAUAAUAAUAGCAUUACUAUUAUUAUUAUUAGGUCCUACUAUUUUGUUAGCCCCAUUUGUUCUGAACUCUGUUUACUUUUAGUUUAAUGUUAUUAAUAUAUUUUACCAGGUAAAAUGUAAUACUAUUUUAUAGAA